CCAUUUAUUCCUAACCACCAUCCGUUCCUAAGGCAUAUUUGUACAAGUACAUCAUCCUUACAAUUUCUUUGAUAUCUGAGAAGAAUAACAAUAUUUUGACUUCUUGGUAUCUGGAAUUUUCAACAAUUUUGCUUUGUUCAUCGAUAUUGUUUACGCUUUGGUUCAAAUCGCGAUUUCUGAUUUCAUUUGCUUUUAUAUAAACUCAAUUGAAGGUUUAAAAAGCUCAGCCUGCUGAAAGCAAGAGCUUUGGAUUAUCGUUCUUCGUAGAUUCCAUUUAUUUAUUUUCGCCUUCAUUAUUAUUUUCUAUCUUUUUGAUUUCUGUGUUUCCCUAUUCUUUUUCUAAAAAGAAACGAAAUACGUAACAAAUUACGCGAACUUCUACUUUUUCGGAUUAGAUCUGGAUUUAUUAUCUGUCUUAUAACUUUUUUUAUUAUUUUCUUUUGAGCAUAAAUUUUUUUAAAGUACCCCCCUCUCACUUCUUUUUCUAGCUUUCUACUUUAUUAUUAUGCCGUCUCUUCUAUCUACUCGCAUUCGCAACCCUGCAUUCGCGAAAAAGAUCGUCUCUGAUCCCGCUAGUCUUAUUCCCUACUUUAAAAAUGGUGAUUAUGUUGGUUGGUCCGGCUUUACUGGCGUCGGUUAUCCCAAGAUGAUCCCUAAAGCUUUGGCCAAGCAUGUAGAGUCCAAGAACCUUCAGGGAAAAAUGCGUUUUAAACUCUUUGUAGGCGCUUCGGGUGGUGCAGAUACCGAAUGUAAAUGGGCUGAGCUUGACAUGAUUGAGCGUCGUUGUCCCCAUCAAGUCGGUAAGCCUAUCUCAAAGGGUAUUAACGAAGGCCGCAUUCAGUUUUUUGACAAACAUCUUUCCAUGUUCCCCCAGGACUUGUUGUAUGGUUAUUAUACUCGUGGCCGUGAAAAGAACACUUUGGACGUAGCGAUUGUUGAAGCUACAGCCAUUACGGAAGAUGGCGGUAUUAUUCCUGGUGCUUCUGUGGGCGCUACCCCUGAACUGCUUCAGAUGGCUGAAAAAGUCAUCAUUGAAGUCAAUACUGCCGUUCCUUCUUUUGAAGGUCUUCAUGAUAUUGCUGACAUCCCCAACCCUCCUUAUCGUACCCCCUUGAUGGUCAACCGAGUCGAUGAUCGUAUUGGUAAACCCUAUGUCAAAGUUGACCCUUCCAAGGUUAUUGGCGUCGUGGAAGCUACCUAUGGUGAUAUUACGGGUCCUAAUUCUCCUGAAGAUAGUACCUCACGUGCUAUUGGUGGUCAUCUUGUCGAUUUUUUGAAACAUGAAGUGGACUUCGGUCGUUUACCCCAGCAUCUACACCCUAUUCAAUCUGGUAUUGGCAACAUUGCUAACGCCAUUAUUGGCGGUUUGGCAGAUUCUCCUUUUAAAAACUUGGAAGUUUGGACAGAAGUUUUGCAAGACACCUUUUUGCCUUUGUUUGACACCGAUAAACUCCGUUUUGCGACUGCUACCUCAACUCGCUUCUCUCCUCAAGGAUUUGAAAAGUUUUAUGCUAACUGGGAAUACUACAAAGAUAGAAUUAUGCUUCGCCCCCAGGUCAUUUCCAACCAUCCAGAAAUUAUCCGUCGUCUUGGAUGCAUUGCUAUGAACACUCCCGUUGAAGUGGAUAUUUAUGCCCACGCAAACAGUACAAAUGUUAUGGGAAGCAGAAUGUUGAACGGUCUUGGUGGGUCUGCCGAUUUCCUUCGUAAUGCUAAAUUGAGUAUAAUGCACACACCCUCUACUCGCCCAUCUAAGAAAGAUCCUACUGGUGUUUCUUGCAUUGUCCCUAUGGCUACUCAUGUAGAUCAAACAGAACAUGAUUUGGAUAUUAUCGUGACCGAACAAGGUUUAGCCGAUCUUCGUGGAUUAUCUCCCCGUGAGCGUGCCCAUGAAGUUAUUCAGAAUUGUGCUCAUCCCGACUAUAAGCCUAUUUUGAAUGACUACUUUAAUUUGGCUGAAAAAGUCUGUCUAGCUAAAGGAAUUGGCCACGAGCCUCAUAUUCUUUCUAGUGUGUUUAAGAUGCAUCAAAACUUGGUAGAGAAGGGAACCAUGAAGAUUGACUCUUGGUAAGCUGGAUUUAAGAUGCAUUCCUCGCAAAUAGCUAUACUUUUGUCAUCAGACGGUUUAUAAUUUCAAGUUUUCUUUUUCGUUAUUAUGAUAUAUUGCUUAUGAUCAUUUUGAUCUUUCUUCUUAUUAGAGAAAAUGAAUUGAAACGCAACGAACCAAUUAAUGACCUCUUAUUCUAUGAUAAUAACAUCAAUUUAAAGUGGAAAUUGUUUCUUUACUAUGUAAACGACCG